AUGACUGAUUCAGAAGAUGAUGGAAUUGAGGAGGAGGUGUUCAUACAGACUCUAGGCGUUACCGCGUGCCUUAUUCAUAGUUAUUAUAUGAGAUAUGUUCAUAAAAAUCCUUCUAUGACAUCUUCCCAAACAGGUAACAAAUGGUUGAUGGAAAUAAUACAUGGGAAUGAUAAUAGGUUUUAUAGUGCCCUUAGAAUGGAGAAGCCAGUUUUUUACAAUUUAUUGCAUGAUUUGGAGGUGAACUUUGGAGUGUUGGGUUCAAAUCAAAUAAGUCAUCUUGAAGUAGUAGCAUUGGUAGUAUAUGUGUUUGGACAAGGAUGUGGACUUAGGACGGCAGUAGAACGGUUUCAACAUUCUCUUGAAACUAUUUGGCGGUAUUAUAAUAUAGCAAUUGAUGUUUUGAAUGAGUUGGCCAAAUUAAUAAUCAAGCCGGUUGAUCCUCAAUUUAAUGGUGUUGCUCCGGAAAUAUUAAGGGAUAAAAGAUAUAUGCCGCAUUUUAAGGAUUGCAUUGGUGCUAUUGAUGGAGUGCAUGUUCCGGCUUUUGUACCUCCCGAAUAUCAAGUACCAUACAUUGGUAGGAAAGGAGCACCCACACAAAAUAUUAUGGCGGCAUGUGAUUUUCAUAUGCAAUUCAUUUUUGUAUGUGCGGGUUGGGAAGGAUCGGCUCAUGAUACAAGAGUGUUCCUAUCGGUUCUUCGAAAUCCUGAAAUGAACUUUCCUAUGCCUCCACCGGGAAAAUAUUAUGUCGUAGAUUCGGGUUAUCCACAAAUGAGUGGGUUUUUGACACCUGACAAAGGUCAUAAACAACAUUUUCAACAAUAUAGAGGACGAGGGCAAGAACCAAGGAAUGAAAAAGAGGUAUUUAACCAAGUACACUCUUCUCUUAGAGGCGUUAUAGAACGCACGUUUGGAGUUUGGAAAAAGAAAUGGAAAGUCUUAAAGGACAUGCAAGGUUAUGCAAUUGAAAGGCAAGUAAAGAUUGUUAUUGCGACCAUGGCACUUCAUAAUUAUAUAAGAAGACAUGCAAGUCGUGAUAAAGACUUUACUCAGUUUGGAGAAGGUUCGCGUAACAUGUCAAAUAGUAUGAUGGAUAUGGAUAAUGAUGCUCAAGAAGAAUAUCAUGGCCAUGGUGCACAAGAGAUGGAUGCAAUAAGAAAUGGUAUUGCUCAAAGUUUGAUGAGGGUGCGAAAUGAUCGUAAUGUUUGA